UGACACAGUGCAGUGCAAGCCGCUCAGCUGAUGCAUUCACAGCCGAACCAAGCGUGGCUGCUUUGAGAUCUUCUUCUUUUCUUUUUUUUUUCUGCUCCCGUUUUCUUGGCUCGGCCAUUUAAAUCAUCUGAGGGCUGGAUCGGCUCGGAAACUUCCUGCUUCCUGGGAUGCGGUGAGAGAAGGUGGGAUCCUUGCGAGAAGACAGAACAGAAAAGAGAGAGAGAGAGGGAGAGAUGCUCCAGCAGCAUCUCUGAAUCUGAAUCUGAAUCCCCCUCCUCUCUCUCUCCCCACUACUACCACCACCUCCCGUCUAGCCGAUGCUCUCCUUAAUUUAAUAUCCCACUCCUUCAGUGAAGACAGGCAGUUUUUGUGGGGGUGACACUCAGCGACCGGUAAACAUGUCACAGACCAGAAGGAGCACAUACACCCGGACCACCAGCAGCGGCAGCAGCAGGAUGAGCUCGGACGGGGGCGGGCGGCCCGUCAAGGUGGGCUCCCUGGUGGAGGUGAUUGGCAAGGGGCAGCGCGGCACGGUGGCCUACAUCGGGAACACACUGUUCGCCUCCGGGAAGUGGGUGGGCGUCAUCCUGGACGAACCCAAGGGCAAGAACGACGGCACGGUGCAGGGCAAGCGCUACUUCACCUGCCAGGAGAACUACGGCAUUUUCGUCAGGCAGUCACAGAUCCAGCUGGUUGAUGACGGCGCCGACACCUCUCCGGAUACCCCCGAGCCAACCACUGGCAGGGUCCCCAAACGAGAGAUCCUGGAGUCGUCCAAGUCUGCCAAACUGCGAGGACUGAAGCCCAAAAAGGUGCAGCAUGUUUCCCUAAACUCGACUCCUGCAACCCGGAAGACCACGGCCAGAAGGCCCAAGCAACCCAGCCGACCUGCAGGCGGCGGAGGGAAGGGGGCCGCGUCCGGCUCGGCGUCGGCGUCGGCCGGCGAGAUGAGCAGCAGCGAGCCCAGCACGCCGGCGCAGACCCCGCUGGCUGCACCGGUCAUCCCGACCCUCCACUCUCCUGGAAACCUGCCGGCCCCUGGCCCCAGCAAGGAGGAGGAGGCCCUGCGGGCUCAGGUGAAGGACCUGGACGAGAAGCUGGAGACGCUGAAGAUGAAGCGAACGGAGGACAAAGCCAAGCUGAAGGAGCUGGAGAAGCACAAGAUCCAGCUGGAGCAGCUGCAGGAGUGGAAGACCAAGAUGCAGGAGCAGCAGGCAGAGCUGCAGAAACAACUCAAAGAGGCAAAAAGGGAGGCUAAGGAAGCCAUGGAGGCGAAGGAGCACUACAUGGAGGAGAUGUCAGACACGGCCGACGCCAUCGAGAUGGCCACUCUGGACAAGGAGAUGGCUGAGGAGCGAGCAGAGUCCCUACAGCUGGAGGUCGACUCUCUGAAGGAGAGAGUGGAGGAGCUCACCAUGGACAUGGAGAUCCUGAAGCACGAGAUUGAGGAAAAAGGUUCGGACGGCGCCGCCUCCAGUUAUCACGUGAAGCAGCUGGAAGAACAGAACAGCAGGUUAAAAGAAGCUCUGGUCAGGAUGCGUGACCUGUCAGCGUCGGAGAAGCAAGAACAUGUGAAGCUCCAGAAGCAGAUGGAGAAGAAAAACACGGAGCUCGACUCUCACAGAGGCCAGAAAGAAAAGCUGCAGGAGGAAAUGACGGCGGCGGAAAAGACGAUAGACGAGUUGAAAGAACAGGUGGAUGCAGCUUUGGGGGCAGAGGAGAUGGUGGAGACUCUGACGGAGAGAAACUUGGAUCUUGAGGAGAAAGUCCGGGAGCUGAGAGAGACGGUCACAGACCUGGAAGCUAUAAAUGAGAUGAACGAUGAGCUGCAGGAGAACGCCAGAGAAACGGAGCUGGAGCUCAGGGAGAUGUUGGACCUGGGAGCGGCCAGAGUCCGUGAGGCUGAGAAACGAGUCGAGGCGGCACAGGAGACCGUGGCGGAUUACCAGCAGACCAUCAAGAAGUACCGAGAGCUGACCGCUCACCUGCAGGAAGUGAACAGAGAGCUGACCAGCCAGCAGGAGGCCUCAGCGGAGCUGCAGCAGCAGCCGCCAGCAGAGAUGUUUGACUUCAAGAUUAAGUUUGCGGAGACAAAAGCUUACGCCAAGGCCAUCGAGAUGGAGCUGAGGAAGAUGGAGGUGGCUCAGGCCAACAGACACGUGUCUCUGCUGACCUCCUUUAUGCCUGAAUCCUUCCUUCGUCAUGGGGGAGACCAUGACUGCAUCCUGGUCCUGCUGCUCAUCCCCAGACUCAUUCACAAGGCUGAGCUGAUCAGCAAACAAGCGCAGGAGAAGUUUGACCUGAAUGAAAACUGUGUGGAGCGAGUCGGCCUGAAGGGCGGCGUCGGUGAGCAGCUGAGCUUCGCAGGCGGUCUCGUCUACUCCCUCAGCCUGCUGCAAGCCACUCUCCACAAAUACGAGCAAGCUUUGUCUCAGUGCAGCGUAGAGAUCUACAAGAAGGUGGGCUCUUUGUACCCAGAGAUGAGUGUUCAUGAGCGCUCUCUGGAUUUCCUCAUUGACCUGCUGCACAAAGACCAGCUGGACGAGACGGUCAACGUGGAGCCGCUCACCAAGGCCAUAAAAUACUAUCAGCACUUGUACAGCAUCCAUCUGGCAGAUCAGAGUGAGGACUGCACUAUGCAGCUGGCUGAUCACAUCAGAUUCACCCAGAGUGCCUUGGACUGCAUGGCAGUGGAGGUGGGCCGCCUGCGGGCGUUCCUGCACGCGGGUCAGGAGAAGGCUGACCUGGCCGUGCUGCUGAAGGAUUUGGAGACUUCCUGUAGCGACAUCAGGCAGUUCUGUAAGAAGAUUCGCCGCAGAAUGCCAGGAACAGAUGCACCCGGCAUCCCUGCCGCACUUAACUUCGGACCACAGGUGUCCGACACGCUCUCCGACUGCAGAAAACACCUGACCUGGGUGGUGGCGGUGCUGCAGGAAGUGGCCGCUGCUGGAGCUCAGAUGAUGUCUCCUCUCGGCGAACAGGACGGGCUGGCGGCAGUCAAACUGGAGGAUGUGGCGUUCAAGGCUGCAGAACAGAUCUAUGGAUCUCAGGGCGCCAACCCCUACGAGUGUCUGCGACAGUCCUGUAGCAUUGUCAUAGCAACCAUGAAUAAAAUGGCUACUGCCAUGCAGGAGGGGGAGUAUGACUCAGACAAGCCCCAAAGCAAGAACCCUCCACCGGUGGAUCUGCGAGCUGGAGCUCUUCGAGCCGAAAUCACAGACGCCGAAGGUCUGGGCCUGAAGCUGGAGGACAGAGAAACGGUCAUCAAAGAGCUGAAGAAGUCUCUAAAGAUCAAGGGAGAAGAGCUGAGCGAGGCGAACAUCCGUCUCAGUCUGCUGGAAAAGAAGCUGGACAGCUCGUCCAAAGACGCCGACGAGCGCGUCGAGAAGAUCCAGACCCGGCUGGACGAGGCCCAGACCCUGCUGAAGAAGAAGGAGAAGGAGUUCGAGGAGACCAUGGACGCCCUGCAGGCGGACAUCGACCAGCUGGAGUCCGAGAAAACGGAGCUGAAGCAGCGAAUCAACAGCCAGUCGAAGAUGACCGCGGACGGACUGAGAAGCAGCAGCCCGUCAGGAAUCGCUUCCAUGGUCUCAGGAAUAGCUGGAGAGGAACAAAAAGGCAACAUGAUGGCCGGAGUCGGCCCGGGCUCCGGCGUCCAGGUGAUUGACUCCCCCCUGCUGAGUCAGCAGAUUGAAGCCCAGCGGCUCUGCAUCAAACACCUGAAGAACGAGAACAACAGGCUGAAGGCGGAGAAGAUGCGCACCCAGCUCGCCUCUCUGCCACCGCUCAAUGUGACCAAGCUGCCCUCCAAGGAGGGACGACCCGAAGUGCUCUCCAGCGCCCUCUACCGCAAAACUGACCAGCUCCUGGAGACUUUGCUGCAGAUGAGCGCCAACGUCAAGGUGGUGGACGUCACUGGAAAAUCCCCGGUGACACCUAGUGCUCAGCUGCUGGAACAGACGGCACGUCUUCAGUCCCUGAGAGAGACUCUGGACAGACUGAAGGGUGAGGUAGCAGAGCAUGUCGUCAAUCUGCAGCCUGGAGCUCGAGUCUCGUCAGACUUUGCAACGUUCCCUUCAACCUCCUUUGUUAAGGCAACCGAAGAGAAGCACUCCGACACGGUGCUGGUGGGUCGAGUCCUGGUGCCGUGUCCCCGCGGUCAGGAGCAGGUCCACCGCCUCGUUCUGUCCCAGUCCCAGCUGCAGAGAGUCCACAGUCUCCUGCAGACCUAAAUGUUGCUUGACCCCUGUGAUCCCGCCCUCCUCCACCUGCUGCGGCACCACAAACACGCCACCAUCAGUUUCUGCUCCCUCCUCCACCUCCAAACCGAGAGGAAUCUACAGCCUUAAGUGGAAGGUUGAAUGCUGAAAACGGGGAGGUACCUUCAUGUUUGAGAUGUUAGCAGCUCUGUGUUACAAGUGACAUUUUUAAUCUCA